AUGAGCUACAACGCCGACACGCCCGCCGACGCCGGCCCCUCAUCCGCCUCGACCUCGACCCGGCCGGCAACCGCCUCAAGGCAAGCAGGGCAGGCCAAACCCGCCAAGGUCAAGCUCACGAGGAGCAAGGCCGCGUGCGACGCGUGCCAUAAGGCUAAACACUGGGGCAUCGACUGCCUCUUCCCGUCAGCGGCAGGCCCGACGCCGUCCGUCAAGUCGAACGCGUCCCGCUCGUCCACGCCAACUCGCCCGACUCGCGGCACGGCCCCAAUCGCCCCAGCUGUCGCCCUUCCUCCUCCUCCGCCUGCCUCGUUCCAGCACCCUUACCAGUUCCCGCCGCCGCCACCUCCGCUCUAUACGUUCACGACGACGGCACUGCCCGCAAGCGUGUCGGGCGGCGUGACGCCCGCGUCCACGGCGACGGCGCCGCACCCGAGUGCUCCGGGCGGUACGACGCCCGACGUCGCCGAGCAGCUCAAGCGCAUGAAUGAGCGCCUCGAGAGCCUCGAGUCGGCCCUCGCGCGCGCGACGUCGCUCGCCGCCGGCCCUGCUCCGGCCGCCUCGGCGCUCUUUGCGUCGCACGGCCACGGCCCGUCGCACGCCGGCAGCGAGUCGAGCCCGAUGGCGGCGGGCAUCACGCCGCGCAGCACGCACGCUGUCGCAGCCGAGGCGCAUCACGAUGGCGCCGGCGCCAACGCGGUCGAGACGGCGGGCGAGGCGAUGGCGGUCGAGGGCCUCGUCGACCUUGGUGCGGCGCAGGCGAGAGGGGCGGACGGCACGGCAGCCCAGGCGACGUGGGAGAGCAUCAAGCCGGACGUGCUCGGGAGGGGCAUCAUGACGCUCGACGAGUGCGACGCCGAGUUUGACUUCUACUUCGCCCACCUGCAACCCUGGACCGCCCUCCUGUCGACGACCCUCGAUCGGCAUCCUCUCGUCGUGCGCGAGCGCUCGCCCCUCCUGUUCCACUCGAUCCUCCUCGUCACCCUGUACUACCGCCCUCGCACGCCGGCCAACCUCGCCCUGUACCGCGCCGUGUCUUCCAUCCUCGACUCGAUCCUCGCGCCGCAGAUCCUCUGCCCUCAGCCGGACCAGCUCUCGUUCGACUUUUGCCGCGCCGCACACCUCCUCCUCCUGUACAAGCCCGUCCAGUACUCGGCGCUCAACGCGAGGGGUAUCAGCGAUCCGGCCCAGAUCGAGUCGGCGUCCAAGAUCAACGUCCGGGCCUCGUGGAUGUUGCGCCUGCUCGUCUCGCGCGUGUCGGCCUUUGUCGGCCUGCCCUCGGUCGCCAACUCGUUCGCGCUCGCGUUCGCCAACCAGCACAUCUCGCCCAUCCCCGAGGCGCUCAUCGCCCAGGAGCGCCUGUACCUCGGCUGCGUCUUCCACGAGUCGCACGGCGCGCUCCAGAGCGGCAAGACGGCCAACUUUGACCCGCACGCCGCGAGCCACACUACGCGUCUCUUUGCCCAACUGCGCAACCAGCCGUCCGACGUACGCCUCGCCGCAUCGGUCGAGCUCGUCGCCCACGCCGCGACGGCGCUCAACGCGCGAGCCGCCGCCGCAGGCGCAGAGAGCGGCGGCGGCGGCAACGGCGUGCCGGACGAGGACGACCUGCGCCGGUUCGACGACGACCUCGAGGCGUGGCACGAGUACUGGGCGCCGCUCGUCGCAAGCGCGCAGGCGCACGACGGCGCCGACUCGGUCGCGUGGUCCCUGUGGUACCCGUACGCGAGCUUUGCGCGGCUCAACCUGCGCGGCGCGGCGUUCAACAAGUGGAAGGCGGAGCGCAAGGACCGAGCGGCGGGUCAGCCCGGUGGUGGGGCAGGAGCUGGGGCAGGGCAGGCGGCGCUCGAGGUCGACGAGCGCGAGAACAUCGCCAUCGCGGCCGAGGUCGCGCAGGAGAUGAUGCUCGCCAUCACGGUCGACGGCGACGAGCUGCGCAGCGGGCGCCGGGGCGCUCGUGCAGAGUGGCGCUCCGAGACGGGCCCGCUCGUGCCUGAUCCCGAAGUCGUGCGCACGCUCAAGUACGCGAGCGACAGCUUGACCUGCGUCAUGUUCAGCUACGCCAUCAUCUUUCUCGGCAAGCUCGCCAACGAGGGCCUGCUCCGUCCCGACCUCACCGUCAUCGACGCCGGCUCGCCUCCCCUUCCGCCGAUGCCCAUGUCGCCCAACGACCGCCUCUGCCGCCUCUUCCAGCUCGGCGCCGACUUCCUCGACGCGAUCGCGCCGACGCCGCACCACCCCGCCGUCCGCCAAGCCGCCUUCCUCCGCAAGGUGCUCGACGCCGCCAUCAGCGGGCGCCGGUCGACCACGAGCGCGCCCUCGAGCCCGAAGCUCGGCGCCAAGACCUCGCCUUUCGCGCCUCACGCGCUCUCGCGCGAGCUCGAGUCGGCCGCAGCUCGGCAGAGCGAGCAGCAGCGCCAGCAGUCGCGCCCGCUCGGACCGCCCGCCCUCGCGCCGGCGACCGUCCCUCCCCCUCCCCUACCUCCUCCUCAUCGCGCCCAGCACCCGUCGAGCACGCACGCCAGCGGCUUCUCGAGCACGAUCGCCGCCAAUGGCUCGGCCGCCGCCGCCCUCUCGGCGCACGGUGACUUUUCGCUCUCGACGUCGUACCAGCCGACGCCGAUGCACUCGCCGCCGCCGCCGUCUCAGCAGCAGCAGCAGGCUGAGCACCUGCAGCGAGGCGACGGCGCCGGCAGCAGCAGCGCGUCGCACAUCGCGCCGCCGCCAGUCGUUGAGGACCCGUUCGCGGCGCUGCUCAGCGGCGUGAGCCCGAGCAUGUACGACGCCGGGCAGGCGUUCUUUGCGCUCGAUGCGGGCAUCGACUGGUCGGCGCUGAGCGGGACGCACGACGCGCAGGGUCUUGGGCAGGGCGGGUACUCGCUGUUCUGAAGGCGGGCGUGAUUUGGCAGGAGGCGUUGUCGCUCGUCGAGCGGCGGCCUGCAACGACAGCGUCACUUUAUCACGCU